GUACAGAAAUGUCAACAAGAAGUGUACUCAAUUAUAACUUAAUAAAGUGAUGUUGCGAGUGUGCUGUUGGUCUCUAAGAAGCAUGAAAAUCCCGUCUGCUUGAACAUGUUCCCUUGUGGCAGAACGAGGCCCCAACGACAGCAAAUCUGAGAAGGGUUUGUAACAAUUUUGCACGCUUCUGGGGAGCCAACCCGCCAGAGGAGCGAUCAUAUGACUGCCAAUAAAAUUUCUGCAAGAAAUCCCACACCACCUGAGUCAAUAUGGUGCCAGUCGAGAUCGUUCGCCAAAAACAUUUCUGCUGCCCUUUGACGUCGUCCCGCUCGUGUUGACUUCAGAGGUGAUUUAUGGGGCCAUAGGUCUGCUUUGUCAGGUACAGAUCUGUGAAAACACUAUGUGUAACCUCUGCAGACUCUGUGUGCCUCUUCUGUGUGUAACCAGCUGGCUUCUUGGAAUCUUAGAACACUACAGUGUUUGCUUUUCUUUCACUUUGCUCUGCUCAUUGCUGGCUGUCUCAGGUGACUCAAGAUCUCCUCUCCUCUUUUCAGCUUGCCGGAUGCCUUCACGAACACCAAGCACUAUCAUUAGAUUUGUAAUUGUCAGGAGGGACUCUGCACCGCCAUGCAGCCAGUCUACGUUUGCCAAUAUGGUUCCAUAGUGCGUCUUGGCAUAAAUGCCUGCCGGAAUUGUUGCGAACACAAAUACCAAUAGGAAGUAAAAUCCAAAAAGGGCCAAGCCAGGAGUUUUCUUGGAGCGCGUCAGGUAGUACAGGAACGCGGCAUAUGGGAAAAUGCUGCUGGCAAACAAAUUUGCGGCCAGGCUUUGUGCAUUUAUACUGACAGAGGUGCCCCAAGCGACAUCAAAUGGGUUCACGUGCACAACAUGUCGGUGCUUGAGCUGUGUCCUUCUCAGGCUAGCGGGCGAUCUGAACAUACAUUGGUGCUUGAAAACGAAGGAGCUGCUCGCCAAAUUAGACAAUUGGAUGGGUGCAUUACAACGGACAUUUGAAGUUGGGCAUGCACAUCGAUAAGUUGC